GGGGAACAGACUUGUGGACGCAACUCUACCAAAAAUACUCUAGGCGCUUACCGUGCAUGAUGUAGACGCCCAGGGUCGCCAAUUAGAAUCCGCGUGGCUGUGAGGCGCUUCCAGCUCUUGGCAGAUAAUCAACUCAAGUCAGCCUCGUCUGCCAGGGAAACCUCACGACUCCGUUCUCCAUCAUCCCUUGUCAACAAAGCCUUUGUUCUAGCCAUGGCAAGCAGAGCGACGGCCCACGACUAUGCGCAAACAAUCCUACUGCACUCCCGAACGACUCCCGACCUCAGCUUAUUUCCUGGGCAUAAUUAUCGCACUCUCGCCAACUUCCUCUAUCAACCUUAUGCUGCACUGACCAAGAAUGGAUCUGUGGCCCUUUCGCCUCAGACUCAGCACAAGCCGCUCGUUGUCCUGUACAAGUACACCAAAAACAGUGUCCUCCACCAGCUUCAGUACGAGCCUACCCCCGCCGGACUCGAGAACUUGGACACCGAUACUGCACCAGCCUGCGAUGCCGGUAAAGUGCUGUUCUUCAACGGCUUCGUUCCACCAGAGUGGCUCAAUCUCAUCGGGUCUCGAUAUCGAGUCGACCCCGAGUUCUUUCGUCAACACCUUCGCUUCAUGCAGCCCGAGCGCCAACUAGAUCUUCCAGGUCUUUACUCAACGUCUAGAAAUAUUAUACGGCUCCCGUUGAUUAGUAUUGGGACUUGGACGCUGGAUCAGCCUCUUCGGGGUAGGGGUUCUCUUGCACAACAGCGUUCCAUUGCUCGUGACAAGACGCGGUCCUACCUCAAAGGACUGGGAGCGACGACCCCAGGUGGACAGUCGAUCGUCCGAGGGGUCAUGGUCAAUGAUGAGGCAUACUUUACGGUCGAACAAGAACUCAACAUCUGUGUCGAGACCAAGGACGGGGGAUGGACGGCGCUCUGCUGGCUCGAUGGCGACCUCGAUCUAGACGCGACCGUGUUUAACCCGACACAACAAGAUGGCAACGAUGUUACUAGUAUACCUCGCCAGUCGCACUGGAUUUUGCCGACAUACCUGCAUCGCCCCAGGAUUGCCCUGGUCGGCCCGGCGCUGGUUGAGCCACAUCAUGUCGGCAACCAGCAGCCAUGGCGAGGGUACGCUUCGAUAUCCAAACUGUACGGGCGCCUGCUAGACCCAUAUUGUGCGCACCAGGACCCGUUCUACGCACUCACAGAGUUAUUUGCGAUAUCCGCCUUCUCAGUGAAUCAGGGCCUCAACCUAAUCGAGCAAUCCAUGGACUCGCAGACCACAACCAGCAUCUCAGACAUGCAGGCUUCGCUCGAGAACCUCCGCCAAUCCAAAACCUUUGUCCGCGCCCAAAUGUCACAAUUACAAACAAUUCUAGGUUUCAUCGAGACACAAGGACCACCGGGCGCGAAAUGGCCACGAGCGACCGCAGCAAAGCAGCGAGAGCUAAUCGCCGCAGCAGCGACCGAGCUCUCUCUCGACUACUCACACCUCCACAAACGCGCAACAACCUUACUCGAACGAAUCAGCUCAGAGAGCGAAUGGCUAAUGCACCGAGCAAUGCUCAACGAAUCGCAGCGCGCAUUUUCGCAAGGGUCACGCGUGGCGCGACUCACUUUUCUCGCGUUCCUGUUCAUCCCGCUGUCUUUUACCUCGUCGGUGUUUGGGAUGAAUGUCGUCGAGUUUGUCGGGAGGGACCAGGCGGAUCUGAGCAUUUGGUCGUGGGUUGUGCUUUCUGUCGUGGUCUUCUCGGGCAGUUUGUUGCUUUGGUGGUGGGAGGGGGUGCAGAGACAUGCGCUGGCUUUGCAAGGUCGCUUUGGGAAGGGGGAUGCGAGGACAGAACAUAAACAAGGGGAUUAAAGAUGAUGAUACUAGUAAUGAUGAAUGCAAUGAACCAAUCAACAUGGGCCCAUGCUACUUGCAGCAUAGCGCCUAGCAGCUACCAAGGCCUCCGACGAAGGUAUAAAUAGAACAGACCCUCGUGCGCCCCCAUGCGGCGGGGCUAUCCCUCAUCACAGAUGGUAGAAUGGACGGCUUCACCACGCAUGUCACCUUUGCUCGGCGAGAUAACCCGGUCCUAGAGACUGACAAGGCCUAUGUCCUCGAUUACAUCGCCGGACCCGAUAUUCCGCGGACGAACAUCGAAGUUGAGACAGUCGACGAUAUCCGAGUACAGGAUUUUCGCAAAAGCCCGCUAUCACUGGAAAAGAAUGGCAUCACUAUCACGGAGCUCGCCACCUCAAUGGAGUACGCUGACUUUGCGGACGACCAGAAGGUGCAGGCUUGUUUUCUUGAAGAAGCCAAGGCGUGCCUCAAGGAUGUCCUGCAAGCAAAGGAUGUCCAUGUGAUUGACUACGAGGUGAGGACG